GACCAAUAGAAUCAUAAACCCUCUUCCAUUAACCCCAAAAAACCCAAAGUUCUUUGCUCGUUACUCAUCAAUCAUUCAAGCUUCAAUUCUCAUACAAGAUUCUUCCGAAAUCCUCAGAGUACAUUUCUAGCGAUUCUCUCGGUGUUAAUAUACCGAGUACUGGGUGUUCUUAAAAGUAAACAUGAGCACAAAACUUGAGCAGGCAUCUAGCCACAUUCAGACGGCUGCUUCAUCUGCAACACCAUUGAGUGGCCCAAAGAUCUCUAUGUUUGCCAAUAAAACUGGAUUUGUGAUACCAAAAAACAAGUUAGCAGGUUCAUUGGUUCCGGUAUUUCGAGUAGGAAAAAAAGGAGCUAGUGAUUCUGUAAAUGAAGAUAGCACUAAACAGGUGCAAAGGAAAACCAAAUGGGGUCCUGAUCUCACACAGGAUACUACUGUCAGAAAAGCAAGAGCAUUGGCAUAUCAGAGUCGUGUGGAUCAAAUAACACAACUACUGAAUUCUAGGAGUUUGGAGGGAGAAGGCAGCAAAGACUCAUUAUUAGCCUCUCCUGCUAAAGAUCACGAGUCUUCAGAUCAUCAACCUAAUGAUGAGAAUGUGAGAUCACUGGAACUUGAAAGACGGGAAAUCAUUGGGGAGAUUCUAAAACUGAAUCCCAGUUAUAAGCCACCUGCUGGUUAUAAGCCUGUACCAAAGGAGGCAAAAAUUCCAGUACCUAUCAAAGAACAUCCCGGGUACAAUUUCAUUGGUUUGAUUUUUGGUCCUGCUCAUAAGCAACUGGAAAAGGAAACUGGAGCUCAAGUAAAGGUUUAUGUUAUUAAAGCAGAUACUGGAGAGAAGGUAGAAGUUACUUCUGGUGAAAAUGACUCUGGUGCUUAUGAGGAAAUGCAUGUCCAAGUAUCAGCGGAGACAUAUGAAAAGGUUGAUGCUGCAGUUGCUUUAAUUGAACUUCUGGUUACCCCAGCUUCAAUGACUCCUGCGGCCACAACCACAAAAGCCUCAGGUGAUGGAGAAACUAUUUCCGUUGAAGCAACACCUGGCCCGACUCCUCCUCCUGUAGUAAAUCAAGGGAUGGCUCAACCAGGUUUUGGAGCACAACCUGCUCAACUUCAAAGUCAUUUUCAGCCAUACCAAGGGCAGUGGUUUCCUGGACCGACAUCUCAGAAUCCUGUACCUCGAUUUCCAGGACCCGCUAACUCCGGGAUUUCUUCAGCAUCCCUGGUCAGCAACACUCACCAAGUAUCACCGUCACCUACCAACUUGUCAAAUACAUCCUCACCCUUUGGUCCGCCACAUGGUAUGCAAGAUGGCUUUGGUUCAGUUCCUCGAAACCCUUUUGUUCACUCUAGCCCACAGGCACCACUAAUGCAGCAGCCAUAUAUGCCUUCCUCUCAUUUUGGACAAAUUGGUGGACUUAGACAUCCUAUACCAUCUUUAGGGUCUACACCACCUCAAUCCAAUAUGACUCUGCCUCAAUUUUCUCAGGGCCAACCGAGUCCAACAGGGUUUCCGCAAGUUGUCAGACCAGUAAUGUCUGCAUUACCUCAGUCUGUCCCUCCUACAGCAUAUCCAGACCGACCAUUGACCCCAGCUGGAAACUCCCCUGGAUGGUCACAGUCACCAUGGAACAACCAGACAGGUCAAGGUCCAAGCAACAUGAUUGCCAUGGCUCCCCCCACAGUUUCCCCUCAAGGAAGUCAUCAUCUUGCUUCACGCCCAAUGGGUGUCUCUGCAGCUCCGCAUAUAGAUGUUUUCCAGGGCCAUAAUUUAGCACCCCAAUCAUCUGGACCAUCUCCAUCAGCACAUAUGCCUCCUCCAUUGCGUCCAUCUUCAGGAUCUACCCCUGCACAUUUCUUGAACCACUCUGUGUCUAGUGGACAACCAAUCAAUCCAAAUCUCUCACCUAAUCCAGUUCCUGUAAGUUCUCUUAAUAUUAAUUCUAUGAGACCUACUUCCUUUGUAACUCCAAAUCCACUGCAGCCCAAUAGCGAUUUUACAUUCCAGCCUCACCAUUCACAGAAUCCAGCAGCUUCCAGGCUAAUUAGUCAAUUUGGAUCUCAGGAACUUUCACCUUCAAACCAAAUGAUGCGCCCUCAUCUACGACCAGCAAUAGACAAUCCAAAUCCCCCACUUGUCAUUCAAGGAUUUCAAAGACCCCAAUUAAGCAAUCAGAUUAGUCAGCCAGGACCACCUAUGUCACUUGACUUUGCUCGAGGACCUGCUGGCCCUCUCCCUCAAUUUAGGCAUCCGACAUUUUCAAAUCAGGGUAUAGCUUCACCUACUGUCCCUCAAAUGCAACCUAUGAACUUUAGGCCAGCUCCAAAUCAUGUAGGUUCCUUCCCUCCUAGAGUGAACUCCAUGCCUCUUCAGCAAAAUAAUCCAAAUGCCAUGCUUAGACCACAGAACUUUGAGGCUCCCAACAAUGUCUUCUUCCGUCAUGGUAGGCCUGCCUCUGGCUCCUCUGGAGCACAUCAAAUAUAUGACCCCUUCUCGCCCACAUCUGUCCCUCGACAUCCUCAUCCUGGUGGUAAUCCAGCAAUGGCAGAAAAACAAGAGAACGAUCCUGAAUAUGAAGACUUGAUGGCCUCUGUUGGAGUUAAAUGAUUCAAACUAUAGACCUUCAUGUUGAUCCCACCCCCCACCCCCCACCCCCUCUAAAGCCUUAAAGUAAAAUUCUAUGCUAUCCAUGCAUCAGUGAUAAUGCUUAAUAUGCAAUUUUUCUUAUUGGGGGUCAUAGAGACAGUAACCAACCCCUUCAAUUCUCCUUGUAUUGCAGAAAAUGCUUUCUGAUAGAUAUAUAUUACUGGAAAAGCAAUGUAUUUAGGAUAUGCAUAUACUUGCUUGGUGCCUACUUGUUGAAGGAAUGUGGGGUGGGUAGGGAAUGGUGCACUAGCACAGUAAGUACUAAUGCACUGAUUAACAUAGA